AUGUCUCUAUUGGUGCAUUUAUUUCUUGCCAAGUCAAGCGCUGAUCUAGUACAAUACAGUGCAAUCAAGGCUUUCAGUGAAGAUUUACAAUAUGCAAACAGUGCUGGCGGAAAGGGUGCUGGAUCUAGGAAGCUGUGGGGCAAGGUGAAGGCUCUAGAACUUCUGCAGCCAUAUGCAAAUCCAAGAAGCUCAUUUCCCGUUCCAAAUGAGGAGAGCAAUGGUUUCAUAUAUGCAAAAGUUUUCGGUGGCUUUGAAAAGAUUAGAACCUCGAUCUGUGAUCUGGUCACUGUAUCGCGGCUUCUGAAUGCUACCCUUGUUAUACCGGACAUUCAAGAAAGUACUCGUUCAAAAGGCAUAAGUACCAAGUUCAAAAGUUUUUCAUAUCUCUAUAAUGAAGAGCAAUUCAUAUCAGCUCUAGCAAGUGAUGUCAUCAUUGUAAAAAGCUUACCUUCCAACCUGAAGGAGGCCAGGAAACGGAAACAGUAUCCCAUUUUCAAGCCUAAAAGUUCUGCUUCUCCAAGUUUUUAUGUUCAGGAAGUUUUACCAAAAUUAAAGAAAGCAAAGGUCAUUGGCUUAGUACUUUCUGAUGGAGGUUGCUUACAGUCUGUCCUCCCCUCUAGCUUGGUUGAGUAUCAGAGGCUCAGAUGUCGGGUUGCAUUUCAUGCACUUCGUUUCCGCCAGGAGAUUGUUGCGCUUGGGCAUCUGAUGGUGGAAAGGUUAAGAGGUUCUGGUCAACCUUAUCUUGCUUAUCAUCCAGGGCUGAAAAGGGAUACCCUUGCAUAUCAUGGAUGUGCUGAACUUUUUCAGGAUGUGCACACACAACUUAUACAAUAUCGACGAGCACAGCUAAUUAAACAAAGAAUCAUCAAUGAAGAACUCCAUGUGGAUUCGCACACUCGAAAAGGAAAUGGUUCUUGUCCACUUAUGCCGGAAGAGGUUGGACUUCUGCUUCGAGCGAUGGGUUACCCUCCUAGAACAAGAAUAUACUUGGCAGGUUCAGAAACCUUUGGGGGUCAAAGAGUUCUGAUUCCUUUACGUGCCAUGUACACCAACUUAGUGGAUCGUACUUCUUUGUGCAGUAAACAAGAGCUGGCCAAUGUGAUUGGCCCAGAAACUCCUCUUCCUCUGGAUUCUUUCCAAUUUACAACUGUCAAAACAGCAAAGCAACUAAAAGAAGAGUGGGACAAGGCGGGCCCUCGUCCCAGGCCUCUUCCUCCACCUCCUGGCCGACCUAUUUAUCAACAUGAGAAAGAGGGUUGGUAUGGAUGGAUUACUGAAAAGGAUUCAGAGCCGGAUCCUUCACCGAUUGAUUUACGGGAGCAAGCACAUCGUUUGCUCUGGGAUGCUCUUGACUAUAUUGUCUCUGUUGAAGCUGAUGCUUUCUUUCUUGGUUUUGAUAAUGCUGCUGAUGCUUUCUUUCCUGGUUUUGAUAAUGAUGGUAGUGGAUGGCCAGAUUUUUCAAGCUUGGUCAUGGGGCAUCGGCUAUAUGAGAUGUCAUCUACUAGAACAUAUCGACCAAACAGGAAAUAUCUCACUGAUCUCUUAAAUAGUACCACCGAUCAUCUGUACCAUCCCUCGCGCAGUUGGACUCUCUCUGUACGGGAGCACCUCAACCGAAGCACAUCAGAAGAUGGCAUUAUGCAGGAAUUUCAACUAUCAAGAUCGAAGUUGUUCCUUUCCCACCCGAUCCCGGAAUGCUCGUGUACAACUGUCAAGACUGCUGAGAAUCUACAUCCCGGCAAGAGCAGUAAUCUCGAUGUUCUGUUUGGAGGACAGAGUGAGUGCCCCAAAUGGAUGGUACAAGCUACAAAAACAGCUGGAACACAAGAUAGCACUGAUGAUGAGAAUGAAACACAAGAAGAUGAAAUCGAUUUGGGACAGGAGGAAUCAGACGGUAGUGGAGAAGGCGACUCAAUACCAUCCAUGGAGCAGGAUGAGGAAAUGGAUCCCGAUGAUUAA